AUGCCAGCUCCUACCUACGAGGAACUUGAGAAGGAAGUCACGGUCGAUGACCUUGACUUCUCUGAUUUGGAGGCCAAGUACGCCGUCAGCUCCGACUUGGGGCUCGACAACUACGUGGUUGUGGACGGUACUCCAAAGGCUCCAGCUUCUAAAGCUCCAUUGUUAGAGAAAGUUUUGAGAAAGUUUUUGAGCAAAGUCGGUGAAAUUGUCGAGGGCGAGGCCGGUUUGUACCUUCCAGUCGAGGACAACAUGACCAAGGGCUACAUUUUUGUUCAGUACAAGAAGCCAGAGAGCGCUAAUGCAGCUGUUCUGACCUUCCACAACAAGCCUUUCGAUGCCAAGCACAAGUUGCUUGUCAACAAAUUCGCCGAUGUCGAGAGAUACUGUAACGAUGGUAACGUUGCCGACGAGUUCGUUGAGCCAGAGGUGCCUCCAAUGAAGGAGACCGGUUACUUGAAGUCUUGGUUGCAAGAUGACGCUGGUCGUGACCAGGCUGCCUUGCACUUUUCUGAAACCGUGGGUGUUUACUGGACCAACAAGAAGGUUGACCCCAAGGCCGUCACCGAGCCAAGAAAGGGCUUCACUUCCAAGUACGCCAAGUUCUCUCCAAAGGGUACCUACUUGUUUUCGAUUCACCCACAGGGUGUUCAGUCCUGGGGUGGUGCCAACUUUGACAGUGUCAGCAAAUUUGUGCACCCGCAGGUUCGUUUGAUUGACUUCUCUCCCAACGAGAAGUACAUGGUGACCUUGUCCCCUGCCCCAAUCACCAUGCCUACCAACGCCGAGGAGGCUGCUAACUUCCCAUUCGGUCCUGAGUCUGAAGGCCACAAAUUGGUCAUUUGGGACUUGACUACCGCUGAGGUUGCCAGAACAUUUGCUUUGCCUCCUCACUUGGAGAACCAGAAAGACAUGCCAUGGCCUCUUGUGAAGUGGUCUUUCGAUGACAAGUACUGUUGUCGUCAAGGCCCAGAUGCCUUGGCUGUCUACGAGACCCCCUCUUUCCAGUUGUUGGACAAGAAGUUGGUGAAGAUCGACGGUGUUGUCGACUUUGAGUGGGCUCCAGCUGGUGUCCACUUGUUGGGCUCUAGAGAGGAGCACGGCGAGCACGUCUUGUCCUACUGGACCCCUGAAACAGCCAACCAGACCGCCAGAGUUGCUCUUAUGCAAAUUCCAUCCAGAAGAGUUCUUAGAACUGUCAACUUGUUCCAGGUCAGCGAUUGUAAGAUGCACUGGCAGGACGAGGGUAAGUUCUUGUGUGUGAAGGUGGACCGUCACACCAAGUCCGGUAAGACGUUCUUCUCCAACCUUGAGUUUUUCAGAACCACAGAGAGAGACAUUCCUGUUGAGAAGUUGGAGUUGAAGGACGUGUGUAUCAAUUUCGCAUGGGAGCCUGUUUCCGAUAGAUUCGUCACCAUCAGCAGGUUGGAUGACGGUAACAACAACCCAGCCAUUCCAAAAAACCUGGUUUCUUUCUACUCGACAGAGCCUGCCACGAAGAACAAGGCAGCCAAGUUCAGAGUACUCUCAAAGGUCGAGAACAAGCACUCCAACACGCUCAGUUGGUCGCCUAGAGGCAGAUACAUUGUCGUCGCUACCAUCGCCAAGUCUUCUGGUGAGUUGGAAUUCUACGACACCAACUUCGAGGACGAGACCACCAAGAAGCCUACAGUCAAGUUGCUCAAGGCCGAGAAGUUCGGCGGUAUGACCAACAUUUCUUGGGACCCAUCUGGAAGAACCGUUGCUGCCUGGUCUUCUUCGUGGGUGCACGCCAUCGAAAACGGUUACAGAUUGUACGAGUUCACCGGUGAGCAGUUGAGAGACGACUCGAUGGACCAGUUCAAGGACUUCAUCUGGAGACCCAGACCUGCGUCUAUGCUCACGGCUGCCGACCAGAAGAAGGUCAAGAAGCAGUUGCGUGAGUACAGCGCCCAGUUUGACGAGAUUGACGCCAUGGAGGCCGAUGCUGCCACCAGAGAGGCCAUCUUGUUGCGCCGUAGACUCCUCGAAGAAUGGAAGGAGUACCGUGCCAAGCACGCGGGCAAGAAGGUUGAGGACCACGACGUGGAGGCCGAGAUUGUCGAGGAGAUCAAGGAGGAGAUCAUCGAGGAGACCGAGGAGUUGGUGGAGUAA